AAAUAAUAUAUGUGGAGGCUACUUUGAAUGGGUCGACUCAGGCGUUCUGUACACGAAAGGCUCGUCAUUUUCUUUAAGCGUAAAAAUGCGCACGACUGUUGAAUCAGAUUGUUGCUUGGCUUCGGUGAUCGGUGUUGAUAAGACGGCGAUUACCAGCAAUGAGACUGAGAUUCUCCUGAAUUCGCAGACCGAUCAUGAAUCGUGUUCUCCUUCGGUACAGUCAUCUAGUUGCUGUUCCACAACACCACAUCUUUCACAGGAGUAUCCUCCUUCUCAUAAUAGCACUUGUCAUACCAAUCGAGAAGAAAGCAAGUGCAAGGAUAAUGUUGGAAAGUCUAUUAGAUUUUCUGGUGUUACUGUGUAUUCGUUCGCACGUCAACAAGGCUUUUCAUCGAUUCCUGACAAUGGCUGGUGCACUCUUGGUAUGGCACAAAAACACUUUAGUGUUUCUCGGCUAGAUCUUCGGCAGCAUAGAAUUUUACAGAAACUCCGACGCAGACAACAAAAACUGUUCUCCCAAAAAUGUCAGUUUGUCGCCAAUAUAUCUGGUCGCGGACGUGGCAAGAAUAAGAUUAGAGGAAAAGGUAAGCGUGCAAAUGGACUAUGUAGUCGUAGUCCCGGUGAUUCAUGUCGUGUACCAAUUUUGUCACCACCUCCACCACUGUCUCCGCAAAUCAGUUACGACAAGGUUAAUUCUGUCGAUCAAACAGACAACGCUAUUCUUAGUUCUUACGCUACUCCUCCUCCACCUUGUUUGUCCCCUCCUUCACCAAGAAGGUUUCUCCACACUUUGGAUGAAUCUUUAGUCAACAACAAUAUAUGCAACUCACUUGAUUCUUUGGAUACAGACUCUGAAGCUUCUCUUGAUUAUGUUCCUUCUGUAAACUCAUCUAAACGUACACAAAAUAAUUCGCGAGAAAAGUUGAUGCCUAUACACUCAGCUGCAAGAAUAAGACUUUUGAGAUCAUCCGGUGUUGUGGAAAUUGAUGAAUCCGAACGUCUUGUGUGUUCGUUUAUACGGGCUAUGCGCUCCCGUGUUGGUUGCAACUGUGGUCCAAAGAAUUCAUGUAUACCUGGUCAAUGCUCAUGCGCAGAUGAUGGAAUUCCUUGUCAGGUUGAUCGAGCAUCCUUUCCUUGUUCUUGUGCAGCCAACGGUUGUCGCAACCCAAAUGGUCGUAAUGAGUUCUCUCGUGAACAAGUCCGUACACAUACUCAACAUGUAUUGGCACGUUUGGCCAGUGAUAAUUCUGUUCAGCCUGUUAAAUCUCCACUGGAUAUGUCAGAAGCAGUGCUUAGUACUCCGAACGGUGCUUGUUCACUCUGUUUGGACUAUUCCAAAACAAUGACAAUGUCACCAAAUAGUCCUAUUUCUUUGUCCGGUAAUAAAUAUUCUGAACCAGUCCAACAAUUGAACUUAUCUUUGGACAAUCAGUUUCUUUUAACUUCAUGUACAGAUGUAACACACAUAAAGGACUACAAUAUAUCUCCUAUAGAUAUAACCGAAGAUAAUUGGUCGGAUCAUAGUCCAUGUUCCAAGCCUUUGAAAAGAAGUCGUUUAGUUUCAAAUCAUAAUAACAGUGCUGAUAAUCAAGUUGUACAAAAUUCUGUCGUCCCAUCUCUUAGCUUUUCUGGCUCUCCAUUGAUAAUCGAUUUAACGUUGUCACCAGAUGAAGAAUCACCCAAUAACACUCGAAAAUCUACUCGUGAUCGGAAUCGAUUGACAAAUAACGAACAAACACCCCUUAGUAAACAGUCAGGUCCGAUGUAUAUUCCAAAAGUUCCACUUACAGAAUGUGCUUUACAGGAUGAUAAUUAUAUUACAACUAGUGAUAUUCCUGAAGCACCUAGAUCAUGUUUUACAAAUGGAAUUUCAAAUGAUGAUUCAUUAUUGGAUAUUUCAGUAAUUAAUAACAAUGAUAAUAAUAUCAAUAAGGAUUCUCAAUCUGUGACAAUAAUCAUUCAUCGACGAAGAUCACGUUCAGCUGAUACCACAGGAUCAUGUGACGGUGAUAAUUUUCCCAUGGAGAUGAGAAAUAAUCAUCCAAAAAAUGUUGAUAGCAUUCUUAAGCAUAUCUUAACAGUAGAUCCUGUUGUUUGCGAUGUGACUAAGUCCAGUUCAAGUGUUAAGCAAUUAUCUGAAGUCCCCAAUGAGUUUGAAUAUGCGAAAUCAAAUACUUGUUGGCCUGUUACUUCUAUUAUGAAUGCCGAUAAUAAAGAUUGUCUUUUGUCAAAAUCAGCACCAAAUAGUCCAUGUUUACAAAAAACUGAUUUUCCAUAUGGUAGAAUAUCUUUACGUCGUCGUGCUAUUCCACGUACUCCAAUAAUAACACCAUCUAGAAAAGUAUUAACACAAUCUAAUAAUCGUUUUCAUAAACAAUUUAAUUUAUUAUCAACUUCUAGAAAUAAAUCGAAUGUAUCGAUUACUGAUAAUCUAUCAACAUCUAAUUUACAGUCUUGUUAUAAUGAUAAUACUAGUAGUAGCAGCAGCAGCAGCUGCUGUAACAGCAAUAAUAAUAAUCUAAUCACUGAAAUUCCUUCACAACCAUCAUCAUCAUCGUCAGCAGCAGCAUCAUCAGCAUCAGCUUCAUCUAGUGACAUGAAAAUUCAAUCCAUUGUAUAUUAAUCAUUGUUAUUAUUGGAUAAAUUCAACAGAUAAUAUAUAUGUACAAAGACUGUUAGCAUUUUUUUUUCUACAUUUUCAUUUCUAUCUUAUACUCUACAUUGUAUGUUAUACUUAUGUGAAUAUUUAAAAAUAAAUGAAUUCUAAUCAAUAAUGAUUAGUAUCAGAUGGGGUUUCUGUGUGGAUAUUCUUAGUAAUUUCAAUAGUUGAGAUCAUAAAUUCAUUGAAACUAUAGACCAUCAAAGUAUUGGAGUUCCACAAUAGAACAAAACAACAACCAUCCAAUACUUUCAAGUUUUUCUCAUGAUGAUCUAAUUACAAUUGAUUUAUGAUCUCAAUUAUUGAAAUUACAUCAUGAUUGAUUACCUUAAAGUAUUAUUAAUACAAUACACAUAGUUAUCUAAUUGAUUUUCUCUUAUUUUAUUUAAUUAGUAAUACUACUAUCAGCAAUAAUAGUAGUAUCUUUCGGGGGCGGGGUGGUAAAUAAAGAGACAAUGAGAAUUGUAUCCGAUUAUAUGUUUAUUGAUCAUCUUCAAUUCUCUUUCUCUCUCUAUUUCACUAUUUUUUUGUUUCAUUCUUAUAAAAUAAGUUGAUUUUGUAAUCAUAACUGAAUACAAUAAACAUAUCUUGUCCUUUUUUCGUUCUAUUACUUUAUUGAAUGGUACUUUUUAUAGCUGAAACACGUUUGUUAAAAACAUUCGACUAUCAUCCAGCUGAACUCCUUGUUCGAGUCCUUCUUUAUUUUCAUUCUUUCGAUUUUGGUCAACCGGAUAGUAUUUCAUAAUAAGAGUAUGACUAAUAUCUAAAUCAUCAGGAAAAAUGUUACUUUUUCUUUUUAAUUUUCUCUUCUUUUUUUUCUUUAUUCACAUUUUUUGUAUGUAAUUUCUGCUUGUUUUUCUUUUUUUUUUACUUUCGAAUUUCUCUUCUCUUGUCUUCUUUAUUCACUUUCUCUCUUCUUAGUUUUGUUAUUCAACUUAUUUCUAAUCACUUGAUAUUAGUUUCUUUCUUGUAUUAUUAUUAUUAUUAUUAUCAUCAUCAAAUUGUUUUCAUUUCAUUAUCUAAUCAUCAUUUUGGAUUGAAUACUUGUAAACUAUAUAGAAUUGAUGUGUAGUUUUCUAUUGUGUAUGAUGUACAUUAAUAUAGGCAUAGAUACCUACACAUAGUUACUUAAGAAGAAAAAAGGAAAACGAUGGUGAUUAGUAAUAAAAGAAAUUAUUCUAUCGUCUUAUUCUUCUUCUUUUAAUAGUAACUAAAUUUUUUACAGUUAUUGUUUGUGUUUUUAGUGAAUUCAUUUAUUGAUGUGUGUGUGUGUGUGUGUGGUGUAUAUUUAAGUUGAUUAAUAAUAAUAAUAAAAAGAAAAUUGUGUUGGUUAUAUGAGCAUGAUGAUAAAGUUGUAGUUGAAUGAUAAGUCAGUAGUUGAAGAACUUGACUUUUAAUCAUUACGUCGCAAUUUCGAAUCUCACUAGGUUGUGUUAUUAAAUUGACUCAAAGCCAGUUACACAAAUUUUCACUUGGCAUAUGUGUCUUAUUAAUUACUAGUAUUACAAAAUUGGAUAGCGUAGAAGAUAAUAACUCGAAAAUAUCUCAAAUUCAUAGUUUUAGUUAGUGAAAUCCAAUUUUGUAAUUGUCUAUCUAUCCAGGGAGUUUGUGGUGAUUAUUGAAUGUGGCUAAUAAUACCAUGAACCGACUUAAAUUAGACAGCACUUAAAAAAUAUAAUCACUGGAAAGCUGUUUUGGUCUUAGUAUAGGACUCCUCAACCCAUGCUCAUCCACUUUGGUCUCACUGCAAAUGUUUACUCUUUGAAUCACUGGACCAGCAAAACCUCAACAUUCAGUCAAUUCACGCCAUUUCAUAUCUCCCUUUGCCACUUAUCUCUAGUAAGAUGAAUAGUCAACAUGACUAACUUGUUGUUGAAUGGAGGUUUGUUAAUGUACUUUUUCCUGAUGAUUGAUGUUGAGUUUUCCAAUGUUUGUUUUCACAUUGUGAUAAAAAGUCAAACUUUAGAUUGUGAGGUUGUUACUUGAUCAUAUGCAUAAGGUUUCUCUAUACCAUUGAAUUCGUACAUCAACCCAAUAUCUUACUAGAUGUUCAAAUUACUUGUUAGUAGUAGUGCACAAAAUUGUUGUUUACUCAUAAUAAUUGAAAAUCUUCAAUGUGUUUAAGCCCACAUAUUCUAGUAAAUCUGAAUUGGAUUGAUAUAAUAAUAUUUGGAUUAUACAUAUUGUGUCUAUUUCAUCAAUUAAGUAGUAUAUUCAGAUGAAUAAUUAACUAUUCAAUGUCUAAUUUCGUUACAUAUUUCAUGAUCUAUCUUGUCAGGCUUGUACGUAAUGCUUCUUUUUAGCUUAUCAAAACACUCAUAUUGUCUGUAAUCCUUUAACUGAACUAUUGAAGUUAUCCAUUAGUGAAUUCAUGACAAACUAUGGUAUCAAUCGCGAAUGGAUGUGCUUUAAAAUCGAUUAUGGUUGCGUAGAUUCAAUCACUCUUUCUUUAUCUUACUUUAGAUGUUCAGUUUCGCUAUUCCUUUGUGCAUACUUUCUUUUCAUUUCAUCUUAUUGAAUCAUAUUCUCAAUAUUCAAUCAUCUUUAUUAUCAUUGCUACUACUACUACAUGAUUUCGAUCUCUAUUACUAUUCAUUUGGUUAGUUUUGUGUCGGCAUUUCAGUUUAACCUGAGAACUUGAACGGACUCGAAUUCGGUAUCAGACUGAUAGUUCAUUAUAAUUAAUGGAUUGAAAACCAACCUUGUUCGUUAAAUAUUGUCAAACUAAAUUGACUUCUAUUAUUGAACUGUAAAGUAUUCUGAAGUUGAUUACAUUUAGAUUAUUUUAUCCCAGCACAAGAUAAUUUGUACUAUGUUUAUUCAAUUAUCAUUAUUGUGAGAUGUAUAUAUAGGGCUACAUGUAGAGAUAGUAUACUAUGUCUUUGAAUUUGUAGCCUAUCUACUUGUCACUAUUCAAUAUGUGAGUGAUAUAUCUAGCACUUUUUUCAUUUAUGUAAUGACACAUAAGAGGACAAUUUUCCCUGAGAAUUUCAUUUCAAGCUCUAACUUGUACGUUGAGAUGGUCUACAGUGGGUGUAUUUACAGAAGACAUAUGUAGAUAGGUUCAGAUGAUCAAAAUGUAGUUACUAGUAGUGAGAACUGCACUCGUAUGCAACACUGAUGCACGAGAUGAACGGAAAAAUACUCGUAAAUGCUAUAAUGCAGUUUUAUUGAAGAUUAAAAAAGGAUGCUCUUUUCCGUACCUUGUAAAAUCAUGCAUCAUCUAUUGACUUUACAACGUAGUUUUGAAAUGCCGUGAUUCGAUCACUGGUAGGGUCAUAGGUUCACAAUAAUGAAUAGUUUGAUCCUAAGACUAAGCAGCUGUCUAUUAAAACCUAGUCAUUUUACUUAGAUCAGUCCAUAAUUCAACAGUCUUCAUAAGUACUUUAUCGUCAUAACACAUGUGCGCACUAGUAACUAAUUUUUAAUAGUAAUUCACGGAUUUCUAGUGGGCUUCCCUAUUUAUGUAGAGUGUAAGACAAAUACUCACCAGUGAUAUUGAAAGAUAGUUAUGCAGUGUCGCAAAUUAAUUUAAGUUAGAAAUUCAAACUACUGGACACCGACCUAGUGCUUCUUUCCAAUCUAUUGAAUCUUGUGAAUUUACUUUACUUAUGACGUAAUGGGUUAUUUGUCUUAGUUCAAUAUAUUUUCUAUAAUUUGUAUACCCUCAGUUAAACAUAAAUUAUUAUAGUUACUGAGAGAAUAUUAAGAUUGUUUUUCAUUUCAGGUCGUUUUUGUUAAUGGUCUUCAUGGAUUCUCCCAACGUCAGUAAUAAGCAGAUCUGGCCAUUAGUUGAUGUUAAUUCAGACGACGAAGCAUGUUGGGACGAUAAAGAUUUAAUUGCUGAAUAUGAUAGAAUUGAGUCUCUUGUUCAGGAUAAAUUAACAAGAGAACUGGAUAAAAAUGCAAAACACAAGUCUUAUGGAAUCAGUGGCAAUUUCCAUAAAAAUUUAAAUAAAAAUUCAUCCAGUACGUGUAAUAAAUCGAAGGUCUGUUACGUUUCGUUUAAUCAUAUUUUGCCGUAUAUAUAUGCUUUCUGUUCCCGUUCUUUCCUUCUGGAUCUUCUACUGAAAUAUAUUCUAUUAUUGACCAUCGUUAUAUACUACUUAUGAGGAUGUAAGUAGCUCAUACCACACUCGUCCUCCCUUUAAAACAUUCGUUCUUGCACUGGUUCUGCUCACCGUGCCACAUCCCUCUUUUCUGCAGUCUGUGCCACGCUCGCCGUCAAAAUUUCGAGUCUGCGGCGCUCUGACUUUUAUAGCUCCGUCGACCUGCCGGGGUAUCUACAUCCGAUAUCCACCCGGCACUUAGGACGUUCAACGCCUCCCCUCCAGCGACCUGUUCAGCCAUCUACAUUCAAUGUCCACCCGACAGCCGCACGUCUACGUCGACAGCACCCGUCACAACCAACGCCGCCCCGCCAGAACACUCCACACGACGUCACUUCUCCGCACCUGACCGCCCAAACUGGUACCUUAGAUCCAGGCCCACAACGGCGUCUGCGGAACAGCACCCUUCCCCCUCCUUCUUGACAGCGACACCAAAUGUACCUACACAAAGACUCAUACACAUAUAUGUCGUGUGGAAGUUUGCGUCAUAUUUAACCAAUGACAUGUCUCGUGCCCGACUCUGAUGGUCAGCUGGGCUUGCGUGCAGAAUGCCUGUGCAUCAGUUUCAGGAUCGGACAUCGCAUAACAACAGUUUUCUACAAUUCUGUACAUAAUUAUCUCUUAAACAUUUAAGCUUCAUAAGAAAAUGAAGCCGAAUCUUAGCCAAUAGCGUGCACUUAUCAUUUGGCUGGUACAUAAAUACCAUAUUAUAUAUAUAUAUAUAUAUAUAUAUAUAUAUAUUGCGAUUCCGUAAGUUAAGAAGCUUUAAUAUUGCAUACAGAUUUUGUGAUUGAUAAAUUUGAAUAAAACAAAACGAAAGAACCAACAUGGAAGACUAUCGUUGUGUAUUUUCGUCAUCCAGGUACACCAUACUAAAGAUAUUCAUGGAGAAAAUGUCGGCUUAGCGAAUAUUCAACCACUCAUUGUCAAUAGCAAUCCAGUUUGUGACUUCCAGUGGAUUCCGCCGUGUUUAAAACCUCCGCCUCAAUUAUUUUCUAAUUUGGCUUCACCAAGGUAUUUUGUGCAAAUCUCUAUUUCGUUCAACCAAUUAUUGUAUUUUAUAUUCAAAUUAACUUUUGCCAACCUUUCGAUAACUGUUUAAAGAAACACCUAUUUCACUGAACUAAAUAUAGGGCUCACCCAAACAAGUUCUAUUGUAUUUCAUAUAGUAAAUAACGACCUAUUUCUAAUGUCAAUUUGCACAUUAUUAAGAUAUUGAUUGAAACUUGUAGACAUGGUUUUGAAUUUUUCAGAGUUCUAACUAGUGCUUUCAAAUUAGAUUUGUGACCAACAGCAUAAGUGCUGAUAGACAUCAUUGCUCAGAGAAAUACUCUCUGGCAUAUAAACCCUUACUGAAAUCAUGUAUUAGUCACAAGUGCCUAGUUUCCACGAUAACAUUCCGUGGGCAUUUUCCUCUUCCAUAAUAUACCUGUGUCAGCCAAUUUUAUUGUCUUCUGUUUACCAGAAGUGACGGUGACAAACUGUUUGUCAGAAAUGGUGACCGAUCAGAUAGUGGCAAAUUCUAGUGUGGUAAUCUAAAGCAAAAACUAUCAAGGACUUUCUUAUUAGUCAGAACUACAUUUUGACCACAACUUGUUGAUCAAUUCAUUAGCGCACACCAUAUCAAGCUUAAUGAGAAAGCUAACUAAUGAAGUUGAAAUUCAGUUUUCCCCAGUGCUACUUUUGUGUUCUGUGUUGUGUGACAAUCUUUUUCAACUUAGAUAUUCUCGCGAAGAAUGUUGCUAUAAAAUCAGUGGUCUUUUCAUCAGUUUCAACUAAUUAUAUCAUGUCACCUUCAUAUAUUGACGAUUCGAACACUGAGAAAUGAAUUCACAGUUCCUAUGCCGUACGACAGGCUAACAUAUUGUACACGGAUAAGCAGUAAUCAAAACAAACAAGUAGAAAUAUAAGUUUACAACUGUGGAACAAUUUUGUAGUUUCACAUCCUGAGCUCUUUUAAAAUCAUUAUCUCAACCAUAAACGAAGCGGAAAUUAAGUAACCAUAUGAAAUAUUAUUUCUGAAGACUAAUUAAAAGGCUAAAAAAUAUGCGAAUCUGCAUUAUUGUCACUGACCCCUAGGAAUAGUAUUUGUAACUUUGAUUAGGAUUCACAUUCGUUUGACGGAUCGAAGAGAAGAAAUCUUCACCUCUUCCAAUUGUCUAGUUUGACAAAAAAUAGUUUCAUAGAAAAAUGUAAUAGUCGCAUUGUCAUGCUUUUCUGAAACGAAAUAUUUUUUUCACGUUCACUUAGUAAAGUUAUCUCAAAUCCUACGGUUUAGUGUAUACUUGGAUUAUAGAGUUAUCAUAUGUUUAAAUUAUUUUGAAACGUUUGUUAUACAAUUUUACAAUUCUCUGUUUUCACUCAUGUAGGAACAGUCAUCAUCCUAGUGAUGUUCAACCUUCUGUUCCUUCUCAACCAAUCUUUAAUAGCACGAAAAGUGGCUUAUCAACUAUUGAGCCUAUACUACGCUCCUGGUAUGAAGCAGGUUACCAACUUGGUCGUUCACAUGCUAUGAAGUUGAAGCCAACCUCAUCUGUACCUGCUGCAAACUCUUAUUAAUUUUUUUUACACUGAACGUGUACUGCUUCACAUAUUUUCGCACAAUACUUCAGAUUAUCAAUAAAAUCCUUAUUUAUAUUUGUAUCAAGUGAUGAUUGUUAGUAGGAGUAGGGUAAAUUCCUUUUCGGGGUGUCUGGAUCAUAAACUCGUCGGUUUCUGUUUUUGUUCAAUAUAAUCCUUGAAGUGAUAAAAAUUGAUUUUCCCUAGUUGAUGGCCACCUACUCCUCUCUGUUUGUUUGUCCAAAAUUUUAGUUCGGCGCUGUAAGUAGGGACAUGUGUGUUUUACCCGCAACCCUCCAACAUUAGCUGAAAACACGGCAUCUGUUUUCAUUAUCCUGGUAUUUUCGAAGAUGUGCUAUGUUUAUUUAUAUCCCAAUAUACUUUACAGACAGGACUAAGAGCAAGGUCUAGUCCUGAUAGCGUAUGUGGUUAACUGCUAUUUAAUGUUACUGAUAGUAGUCCAUGGUCAUGUACAGGUAUGUAUUGAUACGCACCUACGUUUAAUAUUUGUUCUAGUCAUCCAAGUUAUUCUGUACUGAGAUGCCGUUGUCACAUGUGGUCUCGAACAACCUCUCUUAUAUACACGACAUCAUAUUUAUUUCCAUCCAAUUUUCAUAACCUUCACCUGAUCUAUAGUAAUUGAGAAAUCGUAUUACUUGCUGGGUCAAUAGAUUACUAGAUCUCGGAGUUUUGUGUGUUUGCUACUUUUGUAACACUGGAUGAAAGCAUAUAUGAACUAGUGUUCAAAAUGCGAUUAGAUCUAGACU